AUGCUUAUAACCGUUUUGGUUUUGUCGUUAGCAUGCGCGAUCGUCGCUGAAAACGACACAAAUAUUGAUGACAAGGUCCUUAAAAGCUUAGCCGAUUUGAUAGAUGAGAAUAAAAGCUUGGAUGCCAGUGAUAUUGCUAGAUUAUACAGGGCUGCGCAAGCGCUGGGUUUAGAUAGAGAAUUGGUGAAUAAGUUAUCACAGGGGUUGAAUGGAUCUGAGAGAGUUAUACAUAAAGACGCUGGGUAUAACAUAUAUGCUGAUUCGGAAAAGGGUCCUUUGGGUGAAUCUCCGGAUUAUGCAUCGUCAGUAGUUUUGGCGAGUGAUCUGCUUGCUUUGACAAGUGCGGUUGGUAAUGUUGGCGAUAAGCUGUGUAGAGAGCAAGGAUACAGGUUCCUGGAUGGCUUGCUUUCCAACAAGCGAUGGGCUUUGAAAAGUAAGUACUUAUUACUAACUAUAAGUUUUGAAAUAAUUAACGGAACAUGUAGAUGUGUAGAUUUUAAAGUAUAG